UCCCCAUCUCCAACAACACUAAUAUCCUAAAUUAAAAUUAAAAUAUUGUUUCCUCGCUGGACUGCGGGGAAUUACUUAAUAAGAAAAUCAAAAUAAAAAGUAUGGGAAAAUCUGAAGAUCGCCGCUCAAAGCGGAGUAAACGACAAAAACCCGCACGGUUUGCCUCGCCCACAGAGUCCCCGCCAUCACCGACACAAGCAAUCUGUGUUCCAGAGCCAAUUGAAAUGGCAACAACGCAGGCAGCUGCACAAAUACCAGUAAAACCUACAGUGACAACCCCAUCGGUGUAUACUAACAAGGCUAAUGAACGGACACGACCUGCGUCCAGUACGAAAUCUUUGCCGGGGAUCUCAACGCCACCAAGCAAUUCCACGAAGAAGGUUAGAAAACGCCGUAACUCUGAUACUUCAAGCGAUGAGGAGCGAUGGUUAAAUGCCAUCGAAACUGGCAAACUUGAAGACGUCGAUGAUGAGUUGAAAAAGAUAAAAGAUCCCAAACUAAUGACAGCACGCCAACGUGCCAUGUAUGAACGGACGCAGGAUGCCGAGCCUGCAUUGGCGGGAUUUGUGGAAGAGCUUAUCGCACUUCCAAGUGGGUAUAGGGAGAAGGAAAAACCUCAGACGGCCGAGGAGAUUCAAAAGGCUGCGCUAAAGUCGCAAAAGCGCAAACAACAAGCCGAUGAACGUAGGGAGAAAGACAAGCAAAAGACGAUGGAACGCCUGCUAAAGAAGCAAGAAAGUGGCAAGCAGCGCUCAGCAGCAGCACGUAAUAAACAAAAUCAAAAACUCACACGUCCAUCGCUUACGUACAUAAAUUCUUUGGAUGGUGUUUACAUAAUAGUGCCACCAGGACAAGAGUUUCCAAUACAAGCACAAUCCGCCAUCAAACCGCCGCCCCGUCAGCUGUGUGGUAUCCCAGGCUGCACCAACCGCAAAGUCUACAGUUGCUCCAAAACGAAUAUGCCGCUGUGUAGUUUAGCGUGUUAUCGAAAGAAUCUUGCUGUUAUUUAAAAAUCGUAGGGUCAGCCAAUUUAAUAAAAAUAAAUGUUAUUUUAUUGGUUCAUUAGGAAA